GUAUGUUGGUGGUGCUGCCUCGGAUCUCUGCUCCUUCCUGGCUGCUCUCAUGCUGUGGGAGGAUCCAGGACAGUUGCCAGCUGGUGACAGAGCAGCUUCACUGACACACAGCAGCAGCAGCAGCGGCAACGGCAACAACAGGCAGCUGUAAACGCAGGAAGAAAACUCCCAGUCGACAUGCCUCAGUUCUCAGACCUGGAGAAGGCCAUUAACACGCUGGUCACCCAGUUCCACUCUGCUUCAGCUGACAAUGGUCCAACACUGAAAACUGAUGAAUUCAAAGGUCUUCUGUCCUCCCAGAUGCCAAACCUGGUCAAGGGCAUUGGCACAGAGCAGGGACUGGGCGGGAUCAUGCAGACGAUGGGUGUAGGUGAUGGAGAGGGCAUCUCUUUCAAGCAUUUCUGGAACUUAAUCCAGUCAAUAGCCACGUCACAGCAUGGCCUCCUCAGCGGCCAGAAGGGCACCUCAUGCAGCUGCAUCCUCCUGUGAAGAGUAUGCUUUCUGUCUAACACAUCAGCGAGCUCUGAGUUUCCACUCUGGAAUUUAACCAAACACAGUAACAAAACGUAAAUCAUUCUCCUAUUCAGGUGUCAGACAGAAUACAAAGAUGCAAAGUUUUUUCUGCUCACAACAAACAUAACAAGUUAUCAUGCUGUGGUCUCCAUCUGACUGGUUUCCAUAUCAUGCUCCUGCCUGUAUACUGUCCAGCUUCCUUUGCACCAGUUAAAGUACAAAUUAGGCUAGUUAACAUUUCUCAUUUUGUCCUGUGAUGAAGCUAAACAAAGACACAGUUUAAUAAAUGUGUCCAACAUUCUGCACGCUUGCUUUCUCUCAAUCUCAGGUGUACUUUAUUUCUCUCUUUCUCAUUUUUGUUGGUGGGCCAAUUCAAUAAUUUCAACCAGUAUCAUAUAAUUUCCAACAACAGUGCACCAAAACAGAACAACCUGGGCAGGAGGAGGUCAUGAGGUUGAAUUGAUUAUUGCUGGUUGACCCACAGAGAUAGUGAGUGGGUCUUAAUGGGCUAUAAUACCUCUGCCUUUACAUGUGCUCAUACUAGUGUGACACAUAUUUGACCCCUCAGACAAUUGUAGGUGAUGCAUAAGUUAGUUUGUCUGAUUUUGAAUUAACUGGUGCAAUAGGCUGCUGGACAUAAUUACAGUUAACAUUAUCCUUCCAUUAUUUGCUCUAAUUUAGUUUUUAAUUUGUUUCCCACAUUUAAUGUUGAAUUUUAAUAGUACCUUCUGUCACAAAUAACCGUAGGAUGAAAUUCCCAAUGUUGGGGCCUUCACAGCUUCCUCAGUACAAUUUCCAACAGCUUAAAGCUCACAAGAUGUGAGCUUUAAAAUGAAAGCAAUAUCUCAAAAUGGAGAAGAUCAUUUAUAAUUUUAGAAAAGGGAAUAAGAGCAGGGUCUUGUGGUGUCCAUUUUUAUCACUAGUUAACCGCUUAAAUGCAAAUCAUAUAGUUUAUCUACAGUAAUAUAGUAUACUCAACUUUGCUUGUCAGAAAUGUUCAUUCUUAAGUCUUUUCCAGGCACAUUAAUAUGUGAGCAUGCACCACCGGUUGCGUGGAGAUCAGAUCAUUAUAAACAUAGAAGAAGAACCACCGAUUGACUUGCAGAAACUUUGAAACAUUUAAAUAGAAUUCCUUUGUGACUCCAUAAUAAAUUAUUAUUAACAGUUCACAAUAUAUGUUUAGUCAUAUCGUAAGCAUUAUGCUAAGGCUAGGACAUUAGCCCUUUUCAGUGUAAAACCUUGUCUGAAUCUUUAAGUAUGUGAUUGUAAUCAUCUCAAUUCAAACUCAAAUGCAUUAGUAGUUAAACUGAAACUAAAAAAUGUCAAAUAUUUCAGUGUGUUUAUUCUGUUUCAUCUGGAGAAACCUCCCAAACAGAAACAUCUCAAAAUGUGUGGUUUGAAAGUUUCAAAUAAUAAUGCUUCAUCCUCUGUUAUUCUGCUUUUUCUUUGUAUUUAUAUUUUGUAAUUCUCUGUAUUCUGACCUUUGUGACACCAUAAGAAAAUUGUAUGUAAUAAACAUAUAAAUUAAAAAGUG